AACUAAACAGAAAAAAAACACGUUAAACAAACGAAAUUGCAGGAGGCCGGCAGAAUUUCUUAGCAACGAAAAAACAAUUCCGAUUUGUAGAAAUUUUCUGGCACAUUUUUAAAAUAAAUCGCUCGCUGGAAAAAUAUUUGUGAGAAAUGGCAGAUGGCGAUAAGAUUGAAGUGCGUGAUAUAACACGUAUUGAACGCAUUGGCGCGCACUCGCAUAUACGCGGUCUGGGCUUGGACGAUGUGCUGGAAGCGCGUGCUGUAUCACAAGGCAUGGUGGGUCAGAAGGAUGCUCGCCGCGCUGCCGGUGUUGUGGUGCAAAUGGUGCGUGAAGGUAAAAUCGCUGGACGUUGCAUAUUGCUCGCUGGUGAGCCAAGUACUGGUAAGACAGCAAUUGCAGUAGGUAUGGCACAAGCGCUUGGAACAGAGACACCAUUCACCAGCAUGUCUGGUUCGGAAAUAUACUCGCUGGAGAUGAGCAAAACAGAAGCACUUUCGCAGGCGCUGCGCAAGAGCAUUGGUGUGCGCAUUAAAGAGGAGACUGAGAUUAUUGAGGGUGAGGUAGUUGAAAUCCAAAUUGAUCGGCCAGCAACUGGCACGGGUCAAAAGAUUGGAAAGGUUACUUUGAAAACCACCGAAAUGGAAACAAACUACGAUUUGGGCAACAAGAUUAUCGAAUGUUUUAUGAAGGAGAAAAUUCAAGCAGGCGAUGUUAUAACAAUCGAUAAAGCUUCGGGCAAGGUAACCAAAUUGGGUCGUAGUUUUACACGAGCACGCGAUUAUGAUGCCACCGGCGCACAAACGCGUUUCGUACAGUGCCCUGAAGGUGAACUACAGAAGCGCAAGGAAGUCUAUUGUCCCGAAUUGCCUUAUGUAAACUCGGCGUAA